AAAAAAUUAGAAUAUCUGGUGAAUACAAAAAUUUGUCAGACUUAUUUAGUGAAAAAACAGUUGAAAAUAAAUACAAGGGAAAAAAACAAAAAUUAAGAGAAUACAUGAAAGGGAACUCGAAGUGAACAAAGAAACACCCCCAUUUGCCAUGUCUAUGUUGACAAAACAAUGGUGGACCCCUUGACCUUUCCAGGACAUGUAUUUAAGUAAGUAGGCUUUUUCUUUCAUCAUACCAUUAAGCCACUUCAAAGCCUUAGCUUCUUCACUCAUCAGUCUACAAAUCCCCACUUCUCUCAACUCUCAACCCAUAAAAAUUGAGAAAGAUCAAAGAGAAGAAAACAAAUUCUUCUACAUACAAUAGCAAUACUUUCUUCUUGGUUUAUUACGCUAACAAAAUCCUCAAAUCCCAUACAUACAAAAAAAAAAAAAAAAAAAAAAAAACUCAUCAUCAUCUACCUCCUAAAAAUCAUGAGACCUUCUUCCUUAUUGGUCUUUCUUCUUGUCUUACAUCUUAUGCUAUGUGGAGCUUAUGGUGCUCGUCUUGGUAAAUUCGACACGAAAUCGACUGAUGCUUCUGAUCAACUUACCAACGUGGAGAUUGAAUAUACUGUGGAGAAAUUAGAUUAUCAGAAUAAUGAUAAUCUUCAUAAAAGAGAGAUAAUUGAAGUGAAAUGUGAAGAUGAUAAUGAAGGUCAUUGUUCAACGAAAGGAAAGAAUAGAAAAUUAAUUACUUCAACCACCAUGCCAACUUCCAUUGCUAAACCCAUACAAGAGAAUUUGGAGAAUGGAGAGAAAAAGAUGAAAGCUCAUCCAAAACUAUCAUCAUCAUCAUCAUCAUCUCAUCAUCAUAAUGAUCCAUCAACCGGCUUUCGUGUUGAUAAGCACAAGGAGAUUACACCACCAGAAUAUGAGAAUGCAAUGGACAUGACUGUAAUGGAUUACUCCCCAGCAAAGAGAAAACCUCCCAUCCAUAAUUGAUUAGAUUAAUGAAUUAAGCACCAUAUUUCAUAUAUAUAUAUAUGUAUAUGUUAUUAUUUUCUCCAAAAUCUCAUGGAGAAAAUAUAUAUGAAAUAUAUGCAUGGGAGAAAGAAAGUAAAGAGCUAGUUAGCUAGCAUUAGUAUAGUGAUUAGUGGGUAUGUAUGUAGAGCAUAAAAACAGCAAGUUAAGUGGGAGUGAUGAGAACAGCAUUACAGAAAUGCUGCAGUCUUUUAGGGUUUAAGUUUAGGGAUGAUAUUGUAUAUAAUUAUAAGCUUAUUAGUAUAGUAGUAUAAUUUAUGCAUAAA